ACAAUCAUUUGAAUCUCCUGAAAGAAAAUCAACAAAAAUUAUAAGUGGAUGCAGCGUGCGAUGGCACAUGGACUCACAUGCGGCUUCGUUUCCGCCCAUUGUUUGUUUAGUUUUCGUUUAUAUUUCAGAGAGACCAGUUGUCUUCACUCUCUCUCUUUUAUCUGAUAAAUGCUUCAUUCUCUCUCUAUCCUUUUGGGUCUGAGCUUUUAUCUUCUCCGUAUUAUUCUCUCGGCUCUUUUUACCCUUUUCUGUUCAAAUUCGUCAUUCACUGUCCAUUUUUUUUUGUUAUCGAUUCCUAAAUUUCAGAGUUAUUUUUUUAAUAAUAUAUAUUUCAUCUGAUCUGUCUAUUUAUUUCUUGAUUAUCGUUUCAAUUCAUCCAAGUCUUCGUCAAUCAGAUCUAUGUCGUGUUUUUUGUGUUCACCGCAUAGAAGCAGCCGAUAAAUACUUUUUAAAAAAUACAGCUUUGGCUAUUCAUGAGGUUUUGAGUUGCAAUUUACACCGAUGAUCAACUAAUCCUGAAGAGUCUCACCUGGAUUCCUCUUAGAUACGCUUCAUUUGAUUAAACAAAGAAAACUUUUGUUGAUUUUUGUAAUUUUUACCUGUGGGUUUGUGCCAAAAAUGGUGACAGUAAAUCUGGGAAUUCUUCACUAUGUAUUAGACCAUGUUUAUGGUGCAUUUAUGCAUAGAACAAAGAUGAGCACGCCUUUUUUUUCAAGAGGGUGGGGAGGCUCAAAGCUUGAACUUUUAGAGAAAAUGAUCAAGCAAUUGUUUCCUGAAGUUGAGGGCCAAAAUUGGCCUCCAACCUUGAUUAAUCCCGUUUGGAGAACUGUUUGGGAGACCAGAACUGCUGUUUUGAGAGAAGGUGUUUUUAGGACUCCUUGUGAUGAACAAUUGAUUAGUGCAUUGCCUCCUGAGAGUCACAAUGCAAGGGUUGCUUUUCUUGCCCCUAAAUGUGUGCCCCCUCAGAGGAUGGCUUGUGUGGUUCAUCUUGCAGGCACAGGGGACCACACAUUUGAGCGUAGAUUGCGUCUUGGUGGACCAUUGUUGAAGGAAAACAUUGCAACCAUGGUGCUUGAGAGCCCGUUCUAUGGUCAACGACGGCCAAUGCUGCAAAGAGGUGCAAAACUUUUGUGUGUUAGUGACUUGCUUUUAUUAGGCAAAGCUACAAUUGAAGAGACACGGAGUCUUUUGCAUUGGUUAGACUCAGAGGCAGGGUUUGGCAAGAUGGGUGUCUGUGGACUUAGCAUGGGAGGAGUACAUGCUGCCAUGGUUGGAUCACUGCACCCCACACCGGUUGCAACCCUUCCUUUUCUCUCCCCACACUCUGCUGUUGUAGCAUUCUGUGAGGGAAUAUUAAAGCAUGGUACUGCAUGGGAGGCUCUGAGGGAGGACCUUGCAGCCCAGAAAGCUGUAAUGACUCUUGAAGAGGUCAGAGAACGGAUGAGAAAUGUAUUGUCUCUCACAGAUGUUACCCGCUUUCCAAUCCCCAAAAACCCCAACGCCGUGAUCUUCGUUGCUGCAACUGACGACGGUUACAUACCUAAACACUCAGUGCUGGAGAUUCAGAAAGCAUGGCCAGGUUCAGAAGUGAGAUGGGUCACUGGUGGCCAUGUCUCAUCCUUCCUUCUCCACAAUGGUGAGUUUCGCAAAGCAAUUGUGGAUGGGCUUGAUAGAUUACAGUGGAAAGAGUCUCCUCUAUGACAAAUCUCAUGUGAAAUAAGAGACUGCUGAUUUAACUUCACCCAUAAUUCUCACAGAACUUGUACAAUGAAUUGUGAUUGAUGUCUUAAAAAAACCCAGAGUAGGGUAACUGAUUUUGUUGUGAAUAUUUGGUUCUCUUAUUUGCAAGGUUUUCUGAUGGGAAAAAUGUAAAAUAAACUUCACUGACAUCAAUAAUAAAUUGACGACUUUUCAGACUGUUUGGAACA